GGAAAGUAGGAUCCUUCCUUGCCGUGCUGCAGUCCGCCAGGCCAUCUCUCCUGCAGCCGCGCGACUGCUUCUGCAGACCCAGCGACGCAGGGGCAGCGGCAACGUCCCCACCGAUUCCUCUCCCGGGCCCGAGACCCAGCAGAGAAAGCUUCAUCCCCAGAGGGGAAUUCCGGCUAGGGCAGAGCGCGGGUGUGGGGCAAGGAUGGCUGUGUCACCUUAGGGAGAGCCCAGGUCCGCCCGCCACCUCUGCCCUCGCCCCUGGGGUCGGGGCCCGGGGCACAGGACUCCUGGGGCGGCGUGCUGGGUUCUCUGGGGGACUGCCUUCCCCCGGCUGACGCGUGACGGGGCCAUUCCCAGAGCAGCUCUCUCUGCUGACGGAGGAGAAAUAAUGAUCCUGGCGCACGGAACCCUUCGUCCGGGCAUCUCGAACAGCCGCCCAAAGACAGGGCUGUCGUGUGGCCAUCCCCACUGUAUCGAGGCACACGGAGCUGUGGGAAAGCACCGGGGAUCCAGCAUGUCUGCCGACGUCUGGGUGGGAACAUGGAGACCCCACCGGCCCAGAGGGCCCAUCGCUGCUCUCUACAGCAGUCCCGGGCCCAAGUAUGGGCUCCCCACAAACGUAGGUUACCCCCUUCACGACCCCUCCCGCUACCGAGACCCUGCAUACAGCUUCGGCAUCCGCCACCCCUAUCAGCAGGAUGAGUGCUCCCCGGGGCCCAAGUACAUGGUGCCAGCCAAGAUGACCAUGAAGGGCAAAGAUGGUAACCCUGCCUACUCCAUCUAUGGCCGUCCCAGGGAUCUGAUGCCCUUCCUGACCCCCGGGCCAGGUCGAUAUUCUCCAGAGAAGGCAGGGAAAUGGGCCUAUCGCUCCGCGCCCAUCUACUCGCUUGCUUCGCGCACGAAGGAGUUUGCGAAUGACCAGACUCCAGGGCCUGCCGCCUACGGGCUCCCCCCAAUGAUCGGGCCCAAGGUCGUCAGCAAGAGCUCUGCCCCCAACUAUUCCCUCCUGGGGCGCAGCUUGAUCGGCACCUUCUGUGAGGACCUGAGCAAGACGCCAGGGCCCUGUAACUACCGGGUGGUGGAGCCCAGCGUGUACAAGACCCGGGCCCCACAGUACAGCAUGCUCGCCCGCAACAUGCUUCCUGGGGACAACACGCAGAAACCUGGGCCCGGGGCACACAGCCCGGAGAAGUACGUCCAGCAGCGUGGCCAGACCUUUGGGAUCCGCCACUCCGACUACCUGGCGCCCCUCAUCGUGGACGUGGUGGAUUAAGCGAGCGCGGCCGGAGGAGCCGAGGGAGCGGCUGAUCGCGGGCGUUAGUGAAAGGGACGGGCUGGACAAGAAUUAUGCAUUUGAAAAUCUUUACUGACUUAACACUCUGUGCAGUCGUCUUCGGCGAGUCAGCCCCCAGCUCCUCAGGCCCAGGGAGACCCGGGGAGCUUGGGCCUGGCUCCUUCAGUCGGACAGUGGAACUGGAGCAGGCCAUCAUGUGAGUGCUGAGCUCCAGGGGGCGUGUGGAAAGAGGGUGAGGCGAGGUCAGGCUGGCUGCAGUGCCCCCGACAGGCCAGGGUCAUUUGCACUAGCCCCAGUAGCUCAAGGGCCCCCCUCAUGUUCUGACUUUCACUCCUGGGGGAGAUCCAUUCACAGUGGCGGACACCGGGGGCGGCCCACACGCCUGAGCUCUCCUCCCUGUGGUGCCGAGGACGGAGCUAGUCCCAAGUGGGGAGAUUAGGGGACCUAGUGCAGCAACUGGCUCCCACGCAACGCAGCUCAGCCCACCAAUGCCCCUGUUGUUCCCUGUUGUUCCCGUGGCGAACAAUUGCUGGAUCCUUGCCCAGCACUUUUUGCCCACCGGUGAGGAAGUGGAAGGGUCUCAUUUGGACUGCUCCGUGCCCUAAUGUUUCCCCAUUGGCCCCUGGGAUUGACCCUCUCUGAGCACAGGUCACUGCCACCAUCAGCUACGAGCUAUUGUCCAGGGCUUUGUCCAGCCUACAAUGGGCUUCCCACCCAUCCCCUGGCUGGCCAGUUCGCUCUCCUCACCCAUCUCUCUGCCAGGGCGUCUUCCCAGACCCUCAGGCUACAUUCCCUUUGCUCAGUUUGAGCCCACUCCUCCUUAUCACACCCCUUUAUCAUGCUGAUUCCUCUCCCUGUUCUCCUGCUGCCUCUUGGCUGUCCCUAAGCCAGCCUCGGCAGGGUUAGUGCUUUCGGCCUCCCGCUCGCCCCACGACUCAGUGGCCCCCAGCCCCUCAGUAGUGUAGCUGCUCUUAUUUGAGUUCCCUCCAUUGUGUUGACAUCUUUCUGGCGCCAGAUCCCUGGAGCUGAGCACAAGCUGGGCUCUCCCUGGAGCUGUGCAGAGAGGGCCCCGGCCUGCACUGGGAUGAGAGGCCCAGAGCUGAGCGUUCCCCGAGCUGCUCCGGCCGAGCCCCGUUCACGAGCCCCUGUCCAAUUCUUUCCAUUUGCUGACCCUUUUCUGUCUUCCUUGUGUCAGGGGAAGGGUCCCACUGCAAUAUGCUGCAUGGUCUGUGCUCAUGCUGCGGGCACUCAGGAUAGAAAUCGGAUCCUCCUGCUCCAGAUACACAGGACCCACCCACUUGCGCGACAGGAGAAUCACCCCCUAGCUGUCCCUCUGACCGGGCUCACAAUACACCGUUGUGCAGUUCUGAUUCUGUCCACUAGAGGGCAGGGCUCUCCCUAUGGUUCUCUGUGUCACACACACUCUAGCCGGUUCCUUGCCGACAGGAUAUAUUUAUACCCAGAUGUGGUUACAAUAACCACAUCCCCAUCUCUGUAGGGAAACUGAACACAAAAGCAAGCUCCAGGCGAGGCACAAACCACCCUAGGGGGUUCUGGGGAGGGAGAACCUGCUUUGGCUCACUGAGCAGGGGGGUUAUCUUGGCCUAGAUGUUAGAGAGCAGACAGCUCUGUCUGGAGUGUUAUUCGGUCUGGGGAAGUUAUAAAUAUUCCGUGACAGCGGACUCCCACUCCUUCCCUGGGAAGCAAUUCACCACUCCCAUAGAUUCAUAGACAGUAAGACCAGAAGGGACCAUUAUGAUGACCCAGCCUGAUCUCCUAUAUAACACAUGCAAUUGUUUCUGCAUCGUGCUCAGAACUUCCGAUUGAGCUAGUGCAUAUCCUCUAGAAAGGCAUCCAGGUUUGACCCACUGUGUCCCUAGGUCAGAUUUCCCAACGGUUAAUUACCCUCACUGUGAAAACAGGACAUCUUAUUUCUAGUCUGAAUUUGUCUGCCUACAGGUUCCUCCUUUGCCUGCCAGCUUAAAGAACUGUCAACAGUCAGAAGUCUCUUCCCCCAGUGGGUAAUUGCAGACCAUGGUCAAGUCCCCUCUUAACCUACCCUUGGAUAAACUAAAGCGGAUGAGUUUUCUUAGUCUCUCACUGUAAGCCAGGUUGUCCAGAGCUCAGAUCGUUUUCCUGGCUCUUUCCUGAACCUUCUCCAAUUUUUCAACAUCUUUUUUGAAGUGCGGACACCAAACCUGAGCACAACAUACACUAAUGUCAGGAAGCCAUGACUGUACCUGGCCAUGCGUCAGCUCCCUACCUCCUCUGCCGUGGGCAACACAAAUCCCACCUUCUCAGCCUAGGCAGGCUCCGCUGUCCCUCUGCAUGUUAGCAACAGGCCCACCUCAACCCCCGAGCCCUCCGAGGGGCUCCCUGGAGCAUCCAGCCCUGCUCCACUGGACACUCGCAUGGUUCACUGCUCCCGAAGGAGCAGCCCAGCCCACCUUACCAGCUCCACCUCACAUCACGACAACGCUUCACACACAGCCCUUAGGCAUGUUUAGAGUGAAAAGAAGCAGAGUUUAUUUAACAAAGAGAGUCAAAUGGUAGCAAAUAGGAAUACUGGAAACCAAUGGUUACCUAUCAAAUAAAAGCAGAACCCGCACUGUAAAACCUGGACGUAUGUAACUAACGCACACCCAGAGUCCUUGCAGUGUUUUGCAGCCAGGCCUAGCUGUGCUCCGUUUUCAUGAGGGAAGCCAUGCUGUCAGCUUGUCUCCUUGGUGAAGGGGACGGGGCGGGGGAGGAACCUCUGCCCCCCCAGGGAUGCUCCAACACUCCAAGGUCUUUACUCACAAACAGGGUGUUGUCCUGCUGGUUGUUGUUUUUUCCUGUGUGCCUCUUUGCUGUUGAUUUCACAUGCUCUUGAUCAGCAUUCAGCUCCGACUGUGGACAGGUCUCCUUUGUAAAGCAGACAAUACCCAAUACACACAGGACCAGCCGGAGAGCAAGAGAGACAGGUCUCUUCCCUCCUCCCUGUUAGGAGCAAGUUCAUCCCUUUGUGCAACCUGCCUUAACUCCCAGACCUUAAGCACAUGAUUUCCAGUACAGAUACAUAAUUCCAGAAACAUUAUCUGUCCGUACGCUUUGCAACGACUAUGAUGACCAGCUCUGGGCAGAGCCCUCAUGUCAUAAAUGUAAAGGGAAGGAUAACCACCUUUCUGUAUACAGAACUAUAAAAUCCCUCCUGGCCAGAGGCAAAACCCUUUCACCUGUAAAGGGUUAAGAAGCUAAGAUAACCUCGCUGGCACCUGACCAAAAAGACACAAAAACAGGAAUCUACAUUCCAUUCAGCACAGCUUAUUUACCAGCCAUUUAAACAAAAGGAAGUCUAAUGCAUUUCUAGUUAGAUUACUUACUAACAAGUUCUAAGACUCCAUUCCUGUUCUGUUCCUGGCGAAAGCAUCACACACACAGACAGACCCUUUGUCCCUUCCCCUGUCCUUCCCACCCCAGCUUUGAAAGUAACUUGUCUCCUCAUUGGUCAUUUUGGUCAGGUGCCAGCGAGGUUAUCCUAGCUUCUUAACCCUUUACAGGUGAAAGGGUUUUGCCUCUGGCCAGGAAGGAUUUUAUAGUUCUGUAUACAGAAAGGUGGUUACCCUUCCCUUUAUAUUUAUAUACCUCACAUGCCACCCUUUGGUAAACUUAACUUGUACACAUCUGACCCAGGGUAUCCCUGUAAAACGCCAGCAACUCUGUGCCUCCUGAGGGUCCUGGGUCGCACCUCACCCUUUACCCUGACUCUUUGGACUCUUCCACUGGCUAAUCCGUAUGCGUCAACUUGGAACCCUCCUGCCCGGACCCUGCAUCUGCCACCACAUUCUUUUUGCCUUUAAUAUGGACAAUUUCCAUAUCAUAUUCCUGCAGCGCUGUGCUCCAGGGCAUCACUCUGGAGUUGCUACCUUUUCUCCUGUGUAACUGUACCAAAGGAGAGGGGUCUGGUAGGGUCUCCCUUGGAAGCUUGUUCCAAUACUCAACUAUCCUUAUAGCUAGCAAGUUUGUCCUAAUAUCUCACCUAAAUCUCCCUUGCUGCAGGUUAAGCUUGUAUUGUCCAGGAGAGGGCUGAGCAGUACAGGAAAUCCAUUUCUGGGGGGAAAUCCAGGACUGGGUCUGUGUGGGCAUCACCCUGCAGUAGAAACAAGGCUGGUAAGAGCUGAGCUGUGCCUGGCUGCAGAUCACAUACACCCCAAGCUGGAAGCGACUGAUGGGCUGGAGCCUGUUGGGGAGCAGUCCAGGACUGGAAGCUACAGAAGCAGAGCAGUGUGCCGGGCCCCCCAGCUUAGAGCCAGGGUGACACAGCUACUCCCUAGUUUGGACUGUGCCCUGGGUCUGUCACACUCUCAGGGCUUUGUCCUGUUUUGGUACCAUAACUAUAGGCUACUCCCAGGGGCUUUUUGACUCAGUGAUUACCCCUGUUUCAAGCACGCUUCCCACCUCCUCCUGAACUUGUUUCUGCAUUUCCCCUUCAGCCGGGGAUGCUCUGCUAGGAGCAGAGCGGGGCCCUGAGGUUUGCAUGGAGUGUGCAAUCUUGUCAGUUAAACCUGGUGAGGAAAAUACCUCUUUGUCGUACUUUGAAAGGGCCGGUGUUUCCUGCUUUAGGGUGGGAUUUAAUUCCGCCCUAAAUUCAGAGCUUUUCAGGGGAUUCUCUGCCAUGCUCUCCCUGACCAAAUUCAUUAAAGGGACACAGAAGGUUUCUUCAUCAGCACAACUGUCAUAAAUAUAAAGGGAAGGGUAAACACCUUUAAAAUACCUCCUGCUCAGAAGAAAAAUCCUCUCACCUGUAAAGGGUUAAGAAGCUAAAGGUAACCUCGCUGGUACCUGACCAAAAUGACCAAUGAGGAGACAAGAUACUUUCAAAAUCUGGAGGCGGGAGAAACAAAAGCUCUCUCUGUCUGUGUGAAGCUUUUGCCGGGGACAGAACAGGAAUGGAGUCUUAGAAUUUAGUAAGUAAUCUAGCUAGAUGUGUGUUAGAUUAUGAUUUCUUUAAAUGGCUGAGAAAAUAAGCUGUGCUGAAUGGAAUGGAAUGGAUAUUCCUGUUUUUAUGUCUUUUUGUAACUUAAGGUUUUGCCUAGAGUGAUUCUCUAGGUUUUGAAUCUAAUUACCCUGUAAGGUAUUUACCAUCAUAGAAUAUCAGGGUUGGAAGGGACCUCAGGAGGUCAUCUAGUCCAACCCCCUGCUCAAAGCAGGACCGAUCCCCAAUUAAAUCAUCCCAGCCACGGCUUUGUCAAGCCUGACCUUAAAAACUUCUAAGGAAGGAGAUUCCACCACCUCCCUAGGUAACCCAUUCCAGUGUUUCACCACCCUCCUAGGGAAAAAGUUUUUCCUAAUAUCCAACCUAAACCUCCCCCACUGCAACUUGAGACCAUUAGUCCUCGUUCUGUCAUCUGCUACCACUGAGAACAGUCUAGAGCCAUCCUCUCUGGAACCCCCUUUCAGGUAGUUGAAAGAAGCUAUCAAAUCCCCCCUCAUUCUUCUCUUCCGUAGAUUAAACAUCCCCAGUUCCCUCAGCCUCUCCUCAUAACUCAAGGGUUCCAGGCCCCUAAUCAUUUUUGUUGCCCUCUGCUGGACUCUUUCCAAUUUUUCCACAUCCUUCUUGUAGUGUGGGGCCCAAAACUGGACACAGUACUCCAGAUGAGGCCUCACCAAUGUCGAAUAGAGGGGAACGAUCACGUCCCUCGAUCUGCUCGCUAUGCCCCUACUUAUACAUCCCAAAAUGCCAUUGGCCUUCUUGGCAACAAGGGCACACUGCUGACUCAUAUCCAACUUCUCAUCCACUGUAACCCCUAGAUCCUUUUCUGCAGAACUGUUGCCGAGCCAUUCGGUCCCUAGUCUGUAGCGGUGCAUUGGAUUCUUCCAUCCUAAGUGCAGGACUCUGCACUUGUCCUUGUUGAACUUCAUCAGAUUUCUUUUGGCCCAAUCCUCUAGUUGGUCUAGGUCCCUCUGUAUCCUAUCCCUACCCUCCAGCGUAUCUACCUCUCCUCCCAGUUUAGUAUCAUCUGCAAACUUGCUGAGGGUGCAAUCCCACCAUCCUCCAGAUCAUUUUUGAAGAUAUUGAACAAAACCGGCCCCAGGACCGACCCCAUCCUGAUUUUACAGAGGUGAUUCUUUUUAUUGUUACUUCUUUUUUACUGUUACCUCUAUUAAAAUUCUUCUUUUAAGAAUCUGAA